GAGGAGGUUAAGUGAUUAUUUUAACACCACAAUUAGAAUUAUUCCCCCGUUUAUAGUUAUCCAGUGGGGGUCCAUGGUGCGAGGUGAGUGUUAUAAUCCUGGGUUUGAGUUGAUUUUGUUAAUAUUGUAUAAUAAGGAAUAAUUAAUAGAAGUCCAGAGAAUGUAUUUUUAUAAACUCAGGGCGGUGUUUUAUGAAGGUUUCUGCAGAUGUUUGAAUAAUUAUUAGAAUAAUGGAGUACAAAGUUUCUGGUUGGAAAGAAGAAGAUGUUUUGUGAAUAAUGAGAUGAAUGUUUCUCUUUUGGGUGAACUUUUCUGCGGUGUAACGAUUCUCUAACUUCCACGUGAAGCUUCACGUUUUCCUUUUCUUUCACGUUGCCAUUUCAAGUGUGACCAUGGUGACCGCUGACUAAUCACAGCGUGGAGACCUCCGCUAGGGGGCGUGGUUAUAUUAGGGAAAAAAAGCCCAUCAUCGUUUCUCGACCAGCUGCGGAGAGAGAGAGAGAGAGAGAGAGACGAGGAGAGCGCGCGCGUCACGGAGGAUCGGGGGUCAGUGGUCGGGAUGCGCGCGCUCGCUCCGUGCUCGGUGAUCGGGAGUGUGUGUUAGCGCCGCGGGGCUGAGAGCUGAAGAUGGACGAGUCUUCGCUGCUGGAUCUUCUGGAGUGCUCGGUGUGCCUGGACCGGUUGGACGCAAGCGCGAAGGUUCUUCCGUGCCAGCACACCUUCUGCCGCCGUUGCCUCGAGAGCAUCGUGAGCUCGCGCCGCGAACUGCGCUGCCCCGAGUGCCGCGUGCUGGUGGACUGCGGCGUCGACGAUCUACCAGCCAACAUCCUGCUCGUGCGCCUCCUGGACGGCCUGAAACACCGCGCACCCGUGCGGCCGCUCGGUACCGCCUCACCCCCCGGUACCGCGGUCCGGGACUCGCCCAGAGCCACGCGCAGCUCUCCCGUCAAGAAUGUCCCUCAGCUGCCCUGUGGUAAGGCGCUCUACAGCUACGAGGGAAAGGAGCCUGGCGACCUCAAGUUCAACAAGGGUGACAUCAUCAUUCUGCGACGGAAAGUAGAUGAGAACUGGUACCAUGGAGAGCUGAACGGCAGCCACGGCUUCCUCCCUGCCAGCUACGUGCAGUGCAUCAGACCUCUGUCGCAGACGCCGCCGCAGGGGAAAGCGCUCUACGACUUCGAGAUGAAAGACAAAGAGCAGGACAAGGACUGUCUUACCUUCUCAAAGGAUGAGAUUCUGACAGUGAUUCGGCGAGUGGAUGAGAAUUGGGCAGAAGGCAUGCUGGGAGAUAAAAUUGGCAUUUUCCCGAUCCUCUAUGUGGAGCUGAACGAAGCUGCUAAGCAGCUGAUGGAGAUGGACAAACCCGCCCCUGGGCCGACUGUUGACUCAGAAACCCCUGCAUCAUGUCCUUCUGAUGUCCACAGCGACACCCCCCGGCAACGACCAGAAGGAAAGAAAAACGCGAAGAAGCGUCACUCGUUUACAGCACUAAGCGUGACGCAGCGUACAGCACUGGCUAACAACAACCGCCACUCCAUGGAUAUCAGUGUGUCUGACCCAAGAGCCAGGGUGGGGGAUGCUCCAACCUCACAGGACUCAUCGUUUAACGGUGGAGCGGUGCUGCAGCCUCGAGCGACUCCCACCUCCGAACUCCUCGCUGCUGCAAAAGUUCAGCUUCCUCUGAACAUUUACCUGGCUCUGUACGCGUAUAAACCCCAGAAGGUGGACGAGCUGGAGCUGAGGAAAGGAGAGAUGUAUAGAGUGAUGGAAAAAUGCCAGGAUGGUUGGUUCAAGGGAACGUCACUGCGCAGCGGUGCCUCCGGAGUUUUCCCCGGGAAUUACGUCACACCUGUAUCUAGAGCUCCGUUUGCAGUGGGCCAAUCACGUGCUUGCAUUCCAGGCUCAGUGAUUAAGCCGGUUCCUGGUACCCCAGGGACGCCCCGCCCCUCCAGUCCUAUCCUGAUUGGUCCUGUCCCUCGUGCUGUCACAAGCCCCUCCCCUUCUCUGGUCACAAGCCCCUCCCCUUCAUUGACCUCAAGCCCCUCCUCCUCUCCUCAUCUAAAGAACUGUUUACGGAUGUGCAGCCAGCCGCAGCUCGGGGGCAGUCCUCACUCUUCCCCCUCUCGAUCCCCUGCCCCUCUGUGUCCCCGUCCCUCCAUGAUCUCAUCACCUCAGGUUAACUCAGUUAACUCACUAAACCUGGGCGUCGUCCACCUGAACGGGGCGGAGCCUCUGGAAUGUCCCUCAUCACCCAAGCUGGAGGAAAAGAAAGCUGAGAAGAAAGAAAAAAAGAGUGGUGUCCUCCUCAAGCUCCUAAAGAAGAAAUCUCGUUCCCCUCCUUCCUCGUCCCCAACUCAUGAUCCCAGCUUCUCUUCCACCUCAGCUUCCUCCUCGUCGUCCACUUCCACCUCCUUCUCCGCAGCCAUCCACGGUGCCACAGCGGCGGAUUUCCAGGCGUUCAGCCGCGCCGGCUCAUGUCCCAUCGAGAGCGACAUGCCGGGAGCCGCGAGCAUCGAACCCCUGAACAGGAAGUGUGGGUCUCUGGACCUGGACCUGGCACCACGCCAGCCCUUUUUCUCUCCCACUUCCUCUUCCUCAUCCUCCACUUCCUGUUCUGCGAUCCUGGCCAUCCAUCCUGAACCUAAACCUUUAUCACGUGAGAGAUAUCGCGCCGUGGUUCCGUAUCCUCCUCAGAGCGACGCUGAGAUCGAGCUGAAGCAGGGAGACAUUGUGUUCGUCCACAAGAAGCGUGAUGAUGGCUGGUAUAAAGGGACGCUGCAGCGCACCGGACGCACCGGCCUUUUCCCUGGAAGCUUUGUCGAGAGCUUCUGAGGAUCCAGAGACAUUUAAACUCUCAGCACAGAGUUACAGAGAGUCGCAGUUUCACCUCGAGAGGCCACGAGUACUCCAGAACGUUCACAAGUGUUCAAAGAAUAAAAAAAACUGAAGAAUG